UUAAUUUUCAAUGAAAGGACUUGUGCUUUAUCUAAAAGAAUACACGAAAGUGUCGAGCAUUCACGGGGUGCGUUAUUUGGGCCAAAAACGCACCAAAGAGGAAAAAGUCGUGUGGACUGUAUUUUUGUGCAUAAUGUUUGUGAUAGGCCUAUUUCUGCUGCUGUCCGUGUGGAAAAAAUACGAACGCAACCCGACCGUUUUGGAGAUGGAUCAAACCAAAACCUCCAUUUACAACAUACCCUUUCCGGCCGUAUCGAUUUGUCCGUUGGUGCAGAAUACAUUCGACGAUUACCAAAGGUACAUAGAAAUCAACGAAAGAGCUCAAUUACACAUAAAUUUGACUAAAAAGGAAUUGACGGAGUACUUGUAUUGGUCCAUACUAUUGGAACACUCUGAAGCUUAUAUUGCAGCUAAUGUUGAAGAACUUGCUGUAGAUCUCAUCGAGUUCAUAAAAUUCGCGCAAGAAAAACUUCCAAAUCCAUUUGAAAACAUGUACUGCGUUCUCAACGACAAGGUUUACGAUAACUGUUUCGACCUGUUCACCCCGAUAAUAACGGAGCUCGGUUUGUGCUACACCUUCAACAUGCUCAACGUCAACGAGAUAUACAGACCGGAAGUGCUCACUUACGAGUUUAGCAACCAUAGCAUGCAAUUUUUCGACGUGAACAAGUACGAGUACGUUAACAAUUACGCGCAGACUUAUCCCAGGAGGCCUCUCUACUCCAGCUCGCUCUAUCCGCUAAUGAUCAAUAUGGUGAACGAACCCUACCCGGAGUUGGUGGAAUACAAGCUUAACGGCUACAAAUGCAUCAUCCACGAUCCCACCGAACUGCCGCCGUUCCACUUCGACUACACGCUGCUGCCGUUCGAGCACGUGAUCGAAAUGAUUGUGGAGCCGAGCGGAGAAAAAACCCCGGUGAAUUUGGCGAAAAUGCGGCCCAACAAGCGUCAUUGCCAGUUCGCGAACGAAAGACAGCUCAAGUAUUUUCAGUUUUAUUCGGCGAAGGCUUGCCAGAGCGAGUGCCAGAAAAACUUGACGCUCCAAAUGUGCAAAUGCUCGCCGUUCUACAUGCCGGCGUUGGCCGACGAGCCGAUUUGCGGGCCCAGAGAACUUUCUUGCGUGAAUAGCGUGAAAACCAUCAUGUUUGACAUUUACGAGUCGUCGCGGAGAAAUUUGACGUGCAACUGCCAAUCGCGUUGCAACCACGUCGAGUACGCCGCGGAUACGAUAGAAUACAAAUGGAACGUAAGGAAUGACAAGCAUUUUCAAAGUUAUUACCACACAAAAGUUGCAGUAAGUGUGACUUCAAAAUCUUUUACGCGCGUGCACGUUUUCUUCCGCAGCAACUUGUUCAUCUACUACAAACGCAACGAUCUCUACGAUCUGACCACCUUUUUGUCCAACUACGGAGGACUGUUCGGUUUGUUCUUCGGUAUUUCCAUCCUGUCGCUCGUGGAGUUGUUUUACUUUUUCUGCAUUCGCUUUUUUUGCAACUUUCAAUUGCACGGAAGAAAUUGGUUAUUCCCGAAAAAAGAAGUCGGCGUAAUGAAUAAGAUGAAUAUCGCACAAUUAUUGUCGCAAUAUUUUAAGAUUGAAGAGGAGAAAAAACAAUCAUCAUAGUUUUUAAAAAUGUUGUAAUAGUUUAAGUAGGUAUUUUUGUUUUAUUAUUGUAUACAAUAACAAAGUUUUUUC